AUGAAGAAUUAGCUCCUUUUCUUUAAAAUGAGAAUCAGAAAUUAACAUAAUUUUUGUUCUUAAUUAUAAAUGCUUUCUUAUCAAAAUCUUGCGUAAAAUGAAUACUAAAAAGGAAAAGAUAUUCCAUCUCCAAGCCCUCUUUCCAGACCUAAAUAAAAUAAUACAAAUUAACAACCUACGCCAGUUCCUCAACCGUUUAAUACUUUAUUACCACCUAAUCUGUAAAUGUUAUGAAUCAUUAUCUUAAUAGUUUACAUCCAAAGACAAUAUAAAAUGAAAAAAAAUCGUAUAUAUUUGUUUCUUAUCUAGAAUUAUAUCGAAUCAUUCUCGAAAUUAAUCUUUUAGAUCGGCAUAUCACAACAACUAAAUCAAUCCUCAAGAAUAAACAAAUUUUGAAAAACAAUAAUUAUCCAUGAAAUAAGAAGGAGAAGACCUAAAGUAAUAUAAUUUAGCUAGUUAGAACAUAAAUCAGGAAAUUAUAGAAUGAGAAUUAACAACUCAAAAAAGCGAUCGAUUAACUUCAAUCUGAAUUGUAUUCAGUUUUCCUUCUAAUCCUUUAGAUAAUCUUUUUAAAACCAAAUGUCAAGUGAGUAAGAACUCAAAGCCAAAUUUGAUUAAUAAGAGGAAAUGAUUAUUAAGUUGAAAUCAGAAGUUCGUAUAAAAUCAGAAACUCUCUAAGAGAACCAAUAAUAAUAAGCCGAAAUGGAAAAACUAUAGAAAAAGUUGGAAGAUUACAAUCUCAUAACUAUAAAAUCAAAUGAUUUAAAUAAAUCAAUUAAAGAUUUAUAAGAAUAAGUUUAAGAUUAGAAGAAGCGAUUAGUUAUUCUCAGUUCAACUGAGCAUGAAAAUUGCAAUUUAAAGGAGUAUAUUGAAAUAUACAAAUAAUAAUUAAGAGAAAAGGAUAUUAAAAUCUAAUAGUAUAGAGAAUAAUAUGAACAAUUGUUUAUGGAUAAUAAGAAAAUUAAAAUCACUCUAGAUUUAUUAAAUUUUGAAUUCAAAAAACAAUACGAAAAUUCUAAUGAUUAAUUGAAUAGAGCAAAUAUUUAAAUUAUAGAACUUUAAGGGCAAGUGAGCUCUUAAUAAAGUAAUCUUGCUAAUUUAACUGAUUAAAUUGAAUUCUAAAAAUAAUAAAUCAAGUAAUUAGAAAUUAAAGAAAAAGAAUUAUAAAGUACUAAAAAUUAAUUGUUAAAAUUAGAAGAUUCUGUUUAAAGCUCAAAUCAAUAAAAUUAAUUAUGUAAUCCAUUUGUUACUACUAUAUAUAGAAUAAAAAGAAAUAGAAUAAUUAACGAUGACUUUAAAAAAUGGCAAAUAGGAAUAUCUAAAUCAAUAAUAAAAACUAAUUAAUACUGAGUAGGAGAUUAAGAAAUAAUCCGAUCUAAUUUUACAACUUUAAAAAUAAAAAGAUCAAUUAAUUUAAUAAUGUUAAUACCUUUAAUAAGAAUUAAAAAAAAAACAAGGAAAUUUAGAUCAAAGCAUAAAUUAUGCCCAAAAUUAUUAAAUUGAAAUGAAGAAUACCUUAGAUUAAUAAUCAAAUUAAAUUUAGUAUAUGGAAGCAGAAUUAUAAAAAAGAGAUGCUAUAAUUUAUAAUUUAAAUCAGCACAAUCAAUAAUUAAAAAGUUAACUUGAAUAAUUUUCAUAAGCUGAUUCUGUAAAUAAAAAUGAGUUAAACAGUAAUUUUGUAAAAAUGAAAGAAAUGCACAAUGAUUUAAUUUUGUAUGAGAAAUAGGUGGAUACUUUAAGUUUGGAACACCAUUAAACAAAAUUAUAAAAUUAAAUGUUAAUAGAUAGAAACAACUAAUUAGAAUUGGAAGUUACAAAAUUAAGAGUAUUUGUAUCUCUAUUAAAUAGGAAUAAUUAAUUUAAUAAGACAAUCGAAUGAGAAACUUAGAAAAUGAAUUGUAGACGUAUUCAUUUAACCAAAAGUUAAAUUCAACAUAGAUGCCUUAUACUUAAGAUUAACUUUUUCCAAAUUAAUAAUAUAUUUCUUAUAUUAAUACACCUAAAGGGUCUUUUAAUAACUAAUUUAAUUUUUAUAAAUGA